AUGUCCGAGGAUUUGAUUAUAGAGCUUCAGUCUCGUAUGCUGGGCUUAAAACGAAUGGAAUUAGCCCGAUUUGGAGAAGAAAUAAAAUGGAUAAAGGUAGAAGAAAUCGGAGAAAAGGGUAGGUUAGAACUGAUUAAAAUCAUACGUACAGUAUUUGAAGAAGAAGUACUAGUGAGCAGCUUGACAGUCUAUUGGGGAAAAUACAAACUAUUUUAGACACCAAAACAAUAAGUCAAAAUGAAGAAAGUGUGAAAGCAAAAGAGAAAAGUGAACAGGAACUGAAACAGCUCAAAACACAGUAUGAAAAGUUACUAGUAGAGCAGGAAAAACUCAAAGAUCAAAUAAAUACUAUCCAAACCCAAAAUGAAACAGCUGAGAACAUAACUAUAACUAGUGAAUCAGUAACACAACAAGACAAGCCACAAAGUGUAUUUCUUAACAUGAAAACAAGCAUGCUCCGUCGGGAAUUCAAGAUACAAGGACAAAUCAGAGAGCCAGGACAUAAAGAUAAACUAGCAUAUCA